AUGUUUCUUAAUCUUACAGUGCGAUGUGCAUUGUUUGGGGAUUAUGUUAAUCAAGUAAAUCAUUUCCUUGCCUCUGGGUACGUGGAGCAGUCUGUUGUAGUUAUUCAACUUGCAAAAGUCAAGUUCUUUCGGGGUCAAGUAGGUCUUCAAAAUGUGAUGUAUGCCACUCAAAUGUUAUUUAAUCUUGAUAUUCCUGAAGUUGUUGAAUUUAGGCAGAGUAUGGUUGAGCAAGGUAUCAACGGUACCCAGCCACUGUUUAUUGCAAAUGAGGGUAAAGUUGUUAUAUGUGGGGAUACUUAUCCUCCCAUAUUCCAAGGGCUGAUUGGAAAGAAGUUGCUGCUCAAGGUUGAUACCAAAGGUGUCCCACAUGAUACAUUUUAUGGGACUUUCCGAGUUACGAGAAUUUGUGAUGAUUCCACCAUCAUUGCGAUGUUUGAACUUCCCAAUUAUGAUGCUGAUGAUGAGUCUUCUCCCAAAAAGGAGCAUGGCUUACACAAAUCUGUUCCUGCUGGAAAAGCUGAUGUUGGUAUUAAGAAGGAGUCUUCUGAUAGUUUUAUCAAAACUGAGAAAGAUGCUGGUGAUUGUGCUGGGAUGUUGUGUAAAUCCCCAGUUCUUAUAGAUUUUUUGGCUGAAAAACAGCCUGUUAUUUCUGUGGGGAGUGAAUUUGUUGGGUUAAUUGAUGGUGAGCAUGGAAAGGAAGAGAAAACUCCCAGCAAUGAUACUCUUAGUGAUGAUCUUUCUGCUGAAAUCGAUAUAUUGCUUAGCUCAACGGAAAAAGAAACUCAGGAGCUGUUGUCCCAUGUUCUUGAAGCACCUUCCCAAAAUGGAGAGAAGCUUACCCAUGAAAAUCAUGUUGUCACCUCCAAGAGUAAGAGAAAUUUGAAUCCUCAGUUUGAAGAGGUUGCUGUUGAUGCAGAUGGGCGUGGGUUGAAGGUUGCUAAGGUUAAUGGAGUUUGAUUGAAGGUGUGGAAUUGAGCUGCUGUGUGUAGGUGUAGGUGUCUUAUAUAGUUUAUCUAUAAGUAUUUAGGAAGGCUUGUGGUUCCAAAUAGAUGGACAUGCAAUCAUGCUGGCUUGAUGGUAUUUUGAUUUGACUUUUUUGGAUUGUGUCCAACAAAUAGCAUU